CGUUCUCACCUGCCUGGCCGCUGCGACUGACCUCCGCUCUGCACUCCUUGGGCUCCUGCCUCGGCUUUGGGUGGGAUAUGCACUUACUUGAUGGCAAGCUGGAGAUGGAGAGUCUGAAGCAUCUACUGGAGACGGGGACCUCCGUGAACGCUCCUUCUGACCUCGGUGAACAGUCGCUUGUCCACUUGGCUGCUGCUGGCGACUUUCCCUGCUUGCUUUUCGCGCAGCUGCAAGCGGGCGCUGACCUCAACCAGCAGGAUGUUUUUGGAGAAACUCCUCUACACAAGGCAGCUAAAGCUGGGAGCCUGGAAUGCCUUAGGCUGCUUGUAGGCAGAGAUGCCCAAAUUGACGUAUGUAAUAAGAACGGGCAAACAGCUGAAGAUCUUGCUUGGUCUUAUGGAUUUGUGGAAUGUGCCAAGUUUCUUACAUCGAUUAAAUGUAUGCAGAGUGAAAAACCACAUGAGCCCUCUAGCAGAGGCCACUUUAUUAAAGACGUGUCUAAAGAAUGA